AUGAACCCCGCCGACGUGCCAGAGAUUUUCAAACCUCCCAUCAACCGAUCCAUGCAAGUACUUGAUAGAUCAUUCUUUCAAAAAGUGGUUCGCCUAUCGGCACUCUCCAUCACGGAUUUUAAGCAGAUAUCCAAUGUCCGAUCACAAUUGACCAAGUCCCAAGCUACCAUCGCCAUUCCGAUGAUUAAGAUUCUUCGGGAAGAUGACUUGACUCCUGGCGCCAAAUGUCUACUGCUUCGGCCCGGUAUUGAUGCAGAUCAACCAUCUACAUGGCCGCAGGCUGUUUCCGAUUUGGUCGAGUCCGGAACAACGAAAAUUCGACCUUUCGACCUAAAACUCACGUACGACGACUGGACUAUGCAUAACAUCCUUGAGGCCAUCCUCCCAGAUAUGCUGGAUGACGACAAAGAAACUCCAACAGGAUUUGCUCAUGUUGGCCACGUUGCCCACAUCAAUCUUCGAACGCAGUACCUGCCAUACAAGGAAUUAAUAGGACAGGUCCUGCUCGACAAGAAUCCUACAGUAAAGACUGUAAUCAAUAAAACUUUCGACGUUGGGACCGAGUCAGUAUUCCGUACGUUCCCUUACGAAGUCCUUGCCGGGCCUGACGAUCUCGACGUGACGGUUCACGAGUCGUCUUGUGAGUUCAAAUUCAACUUUGGCAAGGUAUACUGGAACCCUAGGCUCGGUACCGAACAUGCUCGCCUUUUCGAAAGCUUCCAAGAAGGUGAAGCGGUAUGCGAUGUCAUGGCAGGUGUUGGACCUUUUGCUGUACCUGCGGGAAAGCGUAAGGUGUUCGUACAUGCCAAUGAUCUUAAUCCGGAUUCGUACACCGCUCUUCAGGACGCAAUUACGCGAAAUAAAGUCGAUGCCUUUGUCAACGCUUCCUGCGAGGACGGAAGACUCUUUAUCCGGAACGCGACAAAUAGACUUGCGAUGCAUCCUAGAUCGGUCCUUCUACCCUCCAAGAUUAAGGUCCCGCGUUAUGCUGGCUCCAAUGCCAGAAGGCGAUCGUUGGAGAGGGCUGCAGAAAAAAGUAGGAAAACACUCAGCGAACCCCGCGCAUUCUCACAUUAUGUCAUGAACCUACCAGCCACCGCGAUUGAGUUUCUCGAUGCCUUCACUGGUGUCUAUCAGGGAAGAGAAGCCGAGUUCAGCCCACAGACCAAUACCAAGCUGCCGUUCAUACACCUGUAUCUGUUCCAAGCCAAGUAUGAGGACGACAGAGAGGAACUCGAAGAGAUCUGCCAGAGGAUAUCGCAGCAUCUAGGUGGUCAGGUCAGACGUGACGAUCCUGAACUUGAUGUGAACAUUCGAUAUGUUCGUCUAGUCGCGCCCAACAAGAAGAUGUACUGUGCCAGCUUUCGAAUUCCGGCAAGUGUGGCAUUUGCUCAGCAGCCUGUUGUGUGA